AUGCUCGAGGGGCUCGUAUCAAACCUGCUCAACAGGUUCUUGGGCAUGUAUGUCCAGAACUUCGAUCCAAAACAACUCAACGUCGGCAUAUGGUCUGGCGACGUCAAGUUGCGCAAUCUAGAACUUCGUCGCGAGGCUCUCGAUCAAUUACACCUACCCCUCAACGUUAUCGAAGGACAUCUGGGUUCGCUUACACUCUCGAUACCCUGGUCAAACUUGCGUGGGAAGCCGUUGAAGGUCAACAUCGAGGAUGUCUACCUACUGGCAGCCCCCAAGGAAGAUGCCGACUACGACGCCGAGGAGGAGGAACGAAGAGAACACGCUGUCAAGAUGGAGAAACUUGACAGCGCGGAGCUGCUGAAGGAACGGAGCACAGAGGGCAUGAGUGCUGAAGAACAACAGAAGAACCAGAGCUUCACGGCAAGCUUGGUCACGGCCAUAGUGGACAAUGUACAGGUCACUGUGAAGAAUAUCCACAUCCGAUACGAAGACUCAAUCGCCGACCCUGGGCAUCCAUUCGCGCUGGGUCUCACGCUCGCCGACUUCAGUGCCAUCAGCACUGAUGAGAAUUGGAAGCCAACCUUCAUCCAGGGCACUGCAAGCUCCACGCACAAGCUCGCGACGCUCGGUUCACUUGCUAUAUACUGGGACACCGAUGCGAAGUUGAUUGGAACUGGCAAAGGAAACCAGAGCAAGGAUGAGCAGGAAAUCGAUCACGACGACUUCAUUGAGAAGGUGCGAAGCAUGAUAGUGAGGGGCGAAAAUCCCGAGCUAGGCGACCACCAAUUCAUUCUCAAGCCCAUAAGCGGUCGUAUGGGUCUCGAGAUGGAUAAGACCGGCAAACUAGACAAGCCCAAGAUGAAGGCCCGAUUGCUCUUCGAUGAGCUUGGUUUCAUCAUCGAUGAAGAUCAAUAUCGUGACGCGCUCAUGCUUGUUGAUUUAUUCCAUUAUUUUAUCCGCCACCAGGAGUACAAGAAGUUCCAGCCCAAAUCAUCCCCGAAGGAAGACCCCGCCGGCUGGCUGCGUUUCGCAGGCCAAGCCGUGCUUGACAAGAUCCAUGAACGAAACCGGCAAUGGAGCUGGUCCUACUUCAAGGAGAGGCGAGACGAUCGCAUACGCUACAUCGAGCUGUUCAAAAAGAAGAAGAGGGAAGAGAAGCUCACUGCAGAGGAGAGCGAAGAUCUCGAUAAGCUCGAGCGAAAACUAAAGUACGAAGAUCUCCGGUUCUGGCGGUCUUUGGCACGCAAUCAAUUGCGCAAGGAGAACGUUGGUGUCAAGAAACCUCCUCCGAAGCAGGGCUGGGGCUCUUGGAUCUGGGGUGCGAAGCAAGAGGAGAACCAUGAUGAGAAUACCCAGAUGACAGAUGAGCAGCGGCAAGAGCUGUACAGCGCCAUCGACUGGGACGAGAAGAACGCGAUCACCGAAUCUGUGGAUAUGCCUAGGGAGUACGUCAAGAUGGAAGUCAAUAUGAGCUUGCGGACGGGUAGCUUCACGCUGAAACGAGAACCUCACGGUAAUUCAAACGAAAUACUGCGCCUUCUUUUUGAUUCAUUCAGCACGCAGUUCCUCCAGCGGACCGAUUCUAUGUUCGUCAAAGUUGCUUUAGAAGGCAUGCGGUUAUACGACGGUACUACUGAAGGUAGCUUGUUUCCUCAACUCAUCACGAUCAAGGAUGCACCACCUGUGUCUGACGACAAGCGCAUCGAAGAGCUUAACGAUGACGAGACAUCUAAGGACGGUGAUGACGAGGAGGAAGAGGAACAGGAAGACCCUUUCUUCCAACUUGCUUUCGAGAAGAACCCGCUUGAUGGGAGCGCCGAUACAGCUCUCACCAUGAAGUUGAAAGGUAUGGAGUUUGUGUAUAACCCCAAAUUCGUUGUGGAGGUGGUCAAGUUCUUCAAGCCUCCGGAGCGACAUAUGGAAUCCAUCGGCGCUCUUAUGGAAACAGCGGGAGCUACAGUAGAAGGCAUUCGUCAGCAGACACGCGCUGGCUUGGAGUUCGCUUUGACUGAGCACAAGACGAUCAACGCGCAGCUCGAUCUACAAGCACCGCUGAUAAUCAUCCCUGACUCUGUCACGAAGAAAUCAAGCAAUUGCCUGAUUGUUGAUGCAGGUCACAUCAGUGUAACGAGCGAGCUGGUGGAUAAGUCCACUCUACAUGACAUCCAGUCAAAGCAGAAGCAGAAGUACACUGAAGAAGAUUUCAAACGUCUGGAAGCUUUGAUGUACGACAAGUUCUUGCUCAAGCUCCAUUCAACGCAGGUUCUCAUCGGCCCCUCCAUCGACGAGACACGUGCGCAGCUGGAAGAAGGCGCCACCUCCAAGAGCAUGCACAUUGUCGACAAAAUCAAUAUGGACUUCAAGAUUGAACUCUGUAUCGUCCCCAAGGCGACUGAUCUGACCAAGUUCCGCAUCGGCGGUAAUCUUCCUAUUCUUCACGCGUCAAUAUCAGACACAAAGUACAAGAACCUGAUGAGGCUCAUUGAUGUCGCAAUACCGAAGUUUGAGAAUGAUCAGCCAAGCAAGCAGGUAGCCGAAGGCGCAAAGGGGCCCUCGAAUAUCAAGCCUACUAGCGAAGCGAAAGCGAGCGCAGAUCCUCUCGGCCGACCUAGGUCGAAGUCGUUCCAGUUUGCUGCACAAGAGCACGAACUUGUGAUGGAAGAAGAAGACGCCCAGAGUACCAAAGACGAGAAAUUCGAAGAUGCUCGCGAAGCGAAAUCCAAGCACGACAUCAACAUCCAUCAGCGCAACUUCGAGUUCAACUUCACCGUGGACAAGCUUCAAGGCUCACUCUACCGGUCGGACCCGGAAGGUAAGAAAGCUGACCAGCUGCUGGUUGAACUUGUCGCCGAGCAUUUCGAUCUCAGCUUCUACCAACACCCAUUCGACAUGGUAGCCGAAGUCAGUCUGAAGUCGUUGGCGGUCGAAGAUCACGUCGAACAGGAUCCUCUACCCGAGUUCCGAAACAUCAUUUCCUCGGAGGAUGUCUCGUCCAAGGAGCAGAAGAACCUCUUCUCUUUGAAAUUUGUCAAAGUGAACAAGGAGUCGCCAGAAUUCCAAAGCAAGUACGAGGGCAUUGCCAUGAAUUUGGACGUUGCAGUAUCCACUAUCAACCUUAUUGUCACGCGAAAAACUCUUCUCACGCUCCUGGACUUUGUCAUGAUCACAUUCACGAAUCCUGGCCCACCUCAGAACCAACAGGCACAGAUCGCUGACAAAGCUGGCGAGCAACAAGAGGUCGCGCAAACUCCACAGCAAGACCAAGACAAAAUCCGUAUUCGAGCCGAGUUGAAGCGGAUAGCGGUGAUUCUCAACAAUGAUGGUAUACGACUAGCCACCUUAAGUCUCAACUCAGGUGAAGUCGGUAUCUUCUUACAUGGCAAGACGAUGCGCAUUGGCGGACAACUCGGCAAUUUGACACUGAUUGAUGAUGUGAACCAAGGUGUUCCCGAGGAGUCGCCGUUGCGCCAAUUGGUCACUAUCGAAGGCAAAAACCUAGCGGACUUCAGCUACGAGACAUAUGAUAGCGAGCUGGACAGCUAUCCUGGCUAUGAUGCGUCGGUCGCUUUGAAAACAGGGUCGAUCAAAAUCAAUUUCCUCACGGAGCCCUUCCGUAAGAUCAUGGAGUUCGCGGUCAAGUUUGGCAAGAUGCAAGCCAUCUUCAACGCUGCUCGGCAGGCUGCAGCCAACCAGGCUACCCAAAUCCAGCAGCGGGCCACCAAAUUCCACUUCGACAUCAUAAUCAGCACACCGAUCGUUGUGUUCCCAAGAAUGGUCAUUUCGGACAAGCCAGAACGUGACACGUUGAUCGCUAACCUUGGAGAGAUAUAUGCGAAGAACAAGUUCGAUCCUCUAGACGACUCUGAGGGUUCAGAUACAGCAAACAAGAUCACGGCUGGCAUUCGGAACAUUAAGCUGACAUCCAAGCUUCACUAUGAGGACGACAGAUUUGAGGAGUUGGAGCUUAUUGAUAAGGUUGAUCUGGAUUUCAACGUUACGAUAGUCGAUCACAAGCCUGGGCAGCAGCGUCCUGACCUGGAAAUUGAUGGUGGCAUGUCGGACAUCAAUUUGAAGAUCACCCCAGAGCAAAUGAAGUUCGCACUAGAGCUCUCACGAUCUAUCCCAGCGGCUUUUGCGGCCGAUGGGGACAGCUUGGAAGAGGAUCUCCAUCAAGAGCUUCCCGAUUCGACGACUGGACCAGCCAGAAGACUCACUGACAAGGAGUUGCCUUCGCAGGAACCAUCGCAAGAUCUCGUCGCAAGCCAGGGUCCGGAACUCCAGACUGACGACGACAAGUGGACUAAGCUUGACUUUGUCUUUAAGGUUGGCACCAUCGGCUUAGAGCUCAUCAAGUCACAAGACAGUGAACCUGUCGGCGAUGUCGAAGCCGCCAGCUUGUCCAAGUUCUCGCUCAAUGAGACUAACGUCAAGCUUCGUAUGAUCAGCGAUGGCGCUAUGGAGGCAGAGCUCGUCGUUCAGUCGUUUACAAUUCGCGACAGUCGAACUCAGGGCACCAAUAAGUUCAGGAAGAUCAUGUCUCUCAUCAAUAACGACGUCAAGCAACAAUUUAUGGCGAGCGUUUCGAUUUCCGGUGGCCAAGAGAAGAACUUAAUCGCGCUUCUUACCAUCGACAGCCCGAGGAUCAUCCUGGCUUUGGACUACCUCUUCGCACUGCAAGCCUUCGUCAAUGCUGGCAUGGCUACUGAUGACCCUCUGGUGAUUGGGGACGAGGCCGAUGCGGACGAUGCGGAGAGCGACUCGGACAUCAUGUCGCCGGAUGGUUCGCGCUCACCGAUAAAGCCUGGCGAUGACACCAAACAGACCGACAAUGCUAUGAACAUAUCGUUCCGUGUUAAUCUCGUAGAUGCUCAGGUUGUUCUCAUUGCCAAUCCCGCAAUCUCAAAUUCGGAAGCCAUUGUUUUGGGGACGAAGCAAGUCCUUGUAUCAAAGCAACAAGCUAUGACUUUACAAGUCGACAAAGUGGGCAUGUUCCUUUGCCGCAUGGAUCGCUUCGAAACGAGCAGAAUGCGCAUUCUUGAUGACUUCAGCAUUCAGACAGCCUUGGACAUGCGCAAUCAGGGCAAGAACUCGUCGUUGAUGAGCAUUAACGUCGACAUCGAACCCCUCGUGCUGCGACUUUCUCUCCGGGACAUCUUACUUGCCAUGCAGAUCGUCAACCGCGCUUCUGCUAUGUCGGGAGCGAACGAUGAGAAUAAGAAGUUGGCUGAGGAGAGCCCGCAGAAGAUCAAGGGAGGUACGCCAUCCAAGAAGGCCAAGUCUACGGUAGGGAAAGCGGCAUCAUCCAAACCUCAGGCGAGGUCUCUAGCAGCAACAAAGCGAUCCAGCCAACACGAUGCCCCACCACAACCGCCUAGGCCUGGCCAAGGCUCUGCUGUUCUUAAGCGCGAGGAGUUAAAUGUCAACAUCGAGGGUAUACGCGUAGUCCUCAUCGGAGACGUGCACGAGAUGCCGUUCCUCGACUGGCGAGUGAAGAAGUUUGGCGUUGAUGUGCGUGAUUGGUCAGGUGCCAUGACAGCCGAUACUUCCGUUGACACACUUCUCAACGUCUACAAUUUCUCAAAAUCUGCCUGGGAACCUUUGAUCGAGCCGUGGCAGCUUGGCUUCCACAUGUCCAGGGACCAGAAUCCCGACAGACUUGGACUAGAGCUGUACUCACGGAAAGCCAUGGAGCUCACCGAGAACAGUGAAGGUUAUGCCACCAAGCUCGAGGAUGGAAGCGAGGAGCCUUGGCGCUUUGAAGACGCAAUGUCCACCCGAGAAUCUUUGUCCACUGAAGAAGCUACUGGAGUGCUAGGCAUUAGGUUGGAAGGUAGCGGGUUUGACCCCAUCCAACGGAUACCGGUCCAUCGGGAAGGUGAAUUUCUGUACAACCUCAAGCCAAAGCAGGACCGUGUACAACAUCGCAUUUUGGUCGACGUAAAGCUUGGCGCGGACAACGUCAAGAACAUUACCUUCAGAUCCCCACUUCUUGUGGAGAACAACACUCAAAUCCCCAUCGAGCUCGGUAUCUACAGCCCGGAAGAAGGUCACCUUCUCAAGAUCGAGAAGGUGGCGCCGGGUGAUGCAAGGCCCGCACCAGUUGGUGCUGCUUUUAUGCACUCCAUCGUUGUCCGUCCCGAUCAAGGGUUCGGCUAUGCUUGGUCGAACGAACGCUUGUACUGGAAGGAGCUGCUAAAGCGCCCUACAAGAACAAUCACCUGCCGUGGGGAGCAGGACGAACAGUCACCUCCUUUCUACUUCCAACUGCACGCGUCUUUCGACAAGAAGGACCCCCUCACAGGUGUGUACCCAUAUAUGCGCCUACGCUUGGCUGCGCCGGUCGAAGUGCAGAAUUUACUGCCAUUCGAUUUCAAAUACAGGAUCUACGACAGCAACACCAAGAAGGACUGGACGAAUUUCCUCAGGAAGGGUGGCGUGAGUCCUGUUCAUGUCGUUGAAUUGUCGCAUUUAUUGCUCCUCAGCGUUGAUUUGCAAGAUACCCCAUUCAAGGCGAGCAAGUUCGGUAUUAUCAAUUCCACGGAUCGUGAAAGCUUCAGGAGAGAGAAGUCACUAGAGUUGAAGGAUAGUAGUGAUCUGUCGCUUCACCUCAACAUGCAUUUCUACAACUAUCCUGAUGGAGGUGGCUCGUUCAAGGUCACAAUAUACAGCCCGUACAUCAUUCUGAACCGCACCGGUUUAGAGCUAGACGUACGAGCGAAGCAGUUCAUGGGACAAGCUCGAGCGGCUGCUGGACAAGGCAUCUUUGCCGAUGACCAAGACGAUUCAAGCAAACCUUUGCCAUUGAUGUUUUCCUUCCCGACGCAGGACAAGAAAAACCGUGCGCUUCUCAAGGUUGGAGACGCACAAUGGAGUAAACCGCAGAGUUUGGAUGCCAUUGGAAGUAACUACGCCGUUGCGCUUCCCUCGACGAAAGCCCGAUCCGAAAUGCACCUUGGCGUCAGUGUAGGAGAGGGUGAAGGGAAGUUUAACCUGACGAAGGUUGUAACGGUCGCUCCUCGCUUCAUUAUCAAAAACAAGAUGAAAGAAGAGGUCAAUAUCCGUGAGCCCGGCUCGUCUGAAUGGACAUCCGUUAAGGAUGGAGAAUUGCUACCCUUGCGAUGGCUACGAUCCGGUGGAUCACCCCAGAUCUCGUUGUGUUAUCCCGGUGUUAACAACCAGUGGUCAUCCCCUUUCAACAUCUCCAACGUUGGAAACGUUCACGUCAAGCUGUCGAAAGCCGGUCAACGUCAGAAACUGGUUCGGGUCGACAUCCUCAUGGAAGGAGCGACAAUCUUCAUUCACGUUAGCGUAGAGACUAAGCACUGGCCGUUCUCCUUCAAGAACAUGAGCGAUCAAGAGUUCCUCUACUGGCAAGCUAACCCAAACCUCGACGAAGACGAAGAUGACAGAGGGACUGGCUUCCGCCCUAUUCGGUAUCGAUUGCCCCCCAGGAGUAUCAUGCCGUAUGCAUGGGACUUCCCGGCUGGAAAGAACAAGGAGAUCGUAUUGAGCGCGAACGGACGAGAGCGAAAUGUCAAGCUUGCGGAGAUCGGUAACCUGAUACCCUUCAAGCUGCCACCGGCUCAAGGCCAGCGCCAGAAGAUCAUUGACCUGAACGUGGUCGCCACUGGUCCUACACAGACCCUCGAGCUUUCCAAUUACAAGCCUUCCAAGAGUCUGUACAAGCAGAAAUCUGGCACCGGCUCCUCAUCAACAGCUGGAGGCUUUGAAGUCAAAGACAUGGAUACGGAUGUGACGUUCAAAGCGCAAUUACGCCUCGCCGGCAUUGGUAUAUCGCUUGUCAACCGCCACCUGAAGGAGCUUGUGUACGUGACUCUACGCGACAUAGAGCUCAAGUACUCAGAUUCGCCGCUCUACCAAAUGGUCAACCUGCACGUCAAGUGGAUUCAGAUCGACAAUCAACUGUAUGGAGGAAUCUUCCCCAUUAUCUUCUACCCCAGUGUCGUUCCGAAGACUGGCAAGGAGAUGGAAGCACAUCCUAUCUUCCAGACCAGCAUCACUCGAGUCAAGGAUGACUCUUACGGAGUCUUGUACAUCAAGUAUUUCACCAUUCUUCUCCAGCAAAUGACUCUGGAAAUUGAUGAAGACUUCAUCUUUGCAAUGCUUGAUUUUGCAAAGAUUCCCGGUGCCUCGUGGUCGGAAGAGAAAGAAGGCAAGCUGUGGGACGAGUCGCUCGACAUCCCAGAGCCUCAACAAGAACAGUCUGGCCAAGAUGUCUAUUUCGAACUACUUCAUUUGCAGCCUAUGCAGAUCGAUCUCUCCUUUGUCCGGACGGAGCGCAUCAAUGCCGAAGACACUAUGACCUCAUCGAACCCGUUCAUGUUUGCAGUCAACGUUCUCACCAUGUCCAUUGGCAAUGUCAACGAUGCGCCCGUGCGCUACAAUGCCCUAAUGCUCGAGAACGUACGUGUCUCGACAGAUGCUUUGGUCGCCAACAUCAAGAACCACUACGUCCAGGAGUCGUUACGCCAGGUGCAUGUUGUCAUUGGGUCUGCCGACUUCCUAGGCAACCCUGUAGGUCUUUUUACGAACGUCAGCUCUGGUGUUGCCGACAUAUUCUACGAGCCAUACCAGGGUCUAGUCAAGUCCGAUCGUCCAGAGGAACUAGGUAUCGGCAUCGCCAAGGGCGCAUCAAGCUUUGUCAAGAAGUCAGUCUUCGGUUUCUCUGACAGUAUGGCCAAGUUCACUGGAAGCAUGUCAAAGGGUCUUUCUGCCGCAACAUUAGACAAAGAGUUCCAGGACCAGCGACGCAUGUCCCGCUCUCGCAACCGGCCAAAGCACGCACUUUAUGGCAUCACGGCUGGUGGCAAUGCGUUCGCUAGCAGUCUUGCAAGUGGUCUGGGUGGCCUAGCGCGCCAUCCAAUUCAAGGUGCAGAGAAGGAAGGCGCUCUCGGCUUCGUCAAAGGUGUUGGCAAAGGUCUCCUCGGCGUUCCCACCAAGGCCGCCAUCGGUGCCUUCGAUCUCGCUUCCAACAUGGCCGAAGGUGUACGCAACACGACUACUGUCUUCGACCAGGAAGGUCUCGACCGUGUGCGUCUCACACGCUUCAUCGGAACAGACGGUAUAGUACGUCCGUACUCUCAGCGCGAGUCUCUCGGUCAGUUCUGGCUCAAAACCCUCGACAACGGAAAGUACUUCAACGAGGACUACAUAGCCCACUUGGAGCUUCAAGGAAAAGACAUGCUUGUCAUGUUGACGUACAAUGGCAUCUUGAUGGUCAAAGCGAAGGCGCUCCGGACGGAGUGGGAUGUCCCUCUCAAGGAUAUCCAGACCAUCAGCAAGGAGAGGACCGGCAUGAGCAUCACGUUGAAGGGUGGGACAAAUGGCCCGUAUGUCCCGGUGGCGGACGAGGGCAGCAGGAAUUGGUUCUAUAGGCAGGUUGCUGUGGCGGUUAAUGCGUACAACGAUCGGUGGAAUGCGAAGGGCUAG